UCCGAUACUGUUUCUGUUUGCAUGUGACCUCACUGACACUCUCUACUUUCACUGUCGGCGCUUUCAUCGCACACAUACUCUUCCGCUUCCCUCCAAAUCGCUCUUUCUCUCUCUCUCUUACUCUGUUCCUUUCUCCAAACUUUGCUUUCAAGUUUUCACCCCGUGACUCCCUCUCUACCACCUCUGCAUAUAAAUAACACCCACUUCUCACCGUUAACCAACCACCGCAACCUACAAUGGCACCUCCCAACCUUUUUCCGUUUCUUCUUCUCCUUCUUCUCUCUCUCUCCGUCACUGCUCACGAUUACCAGCAGGCAUUGUCCAAGGCAAUCCUCUUCUUCGAGGGCCAACGCUCCGGAUUCCUGCCGCAGGACCAGAGAAUGCAGUGGCGCGCCAAUUCGGGUCUCGGCGACGGCUGGACCUACAACAUCGACCUCACCGGCGGCUACUACGACGCCGGCGACAACGUCAAGUUCGGCUUUCCCAUGGCAUUCACCACCACAAUGCUCUCCUGGAGUGUCAUCGAAUUCGGAGACAUGAUGCCUCCCGACGAGCACAGAAACGCGCUCGUGGCAAUCCGUUGGGCUACCGAUUAUUUGCUCAAAACCGUUUCUCAGCCCAACCGCAUUUUCGUUCAGGUAGGCGAUCCAAUCUCUGACCACAACUGUUGGGAAAGACCAGAGGACAUGGACACAAGAAGGACUGUGUAUGCCGUUGAUGCACCGAAUCCAGCUUCAGAUGUGGCUGGUGAAACUGCUGCGGCACUAGCUGCUUCGUCCAUGGCUUUUCGUUCAUCGGAUCCUGCUUAUUCAGAGACUUUGUUACGAAAUGCUGUCAAGGCAUUUCAACUUGCAGAUAACUAUAGGGGUGCCUACAGUGAUAAUGCUGAUGUUAGGGAUGGUGUCUGCCCAUAUUAUUGUGACUUCGAUGGAUAUCAGGACGAAUUGUUAUGGGGAGCGGCAUGGCUAAGAAGGGCCACUCAAGACGACAAUUUCCUGAACUACAUUCAAAGUAAUGGUAAAACCCUCGGUGCUGAAGAAAACAUAAAUGAGUUCGGUUGGGACAACAAGCAUGCUGGCCUUAAUGUUCUUGUCUCUAAGGAAGUUCUAGAAGGAAACGUACUAUCUCUUGAUUCGUACAAGACUUCGGCGGAGAGCUUUCUGUGCACGCUGAUACCCGAAACAUCAAGUUCACAUAUAGAGUACACUCCCGGUGGACUCAUAUACAGGCCAGGAGGUAGCAACUUGCAGCAUGCAACUUCAAUUGCUUUCCUCCAAUUGGUUUACGCUAAUUACCUAUCACGCACUUCACAAACCAUCAAUUGUGGGAACAUCUAUGUUAAUGCACAAACACUUCGCCAGCUUGCUAAGAAGCAAGUUGAUUACAUUUUGGGCGAUAACCCAAUGGGUAUGUCGUACAUGGUUGGGUAUGGCAACAAGUAUCCACAGCGCAUACACCAUCGUGGCUCCUCCUUACCCUCCAUCAAGGACCAUCCUCAAGUCAUUGCCUGCAAAGAAGGCUCAAUCUACUUCAACUCAUCCAAUCCUAAUCCUAAUGUUCUGGUGGGAGCCAUUGUGGGAGGACCAGGAGAAGAUGAUCUCUAUGGGGAUGAUAGGGCUGAUUUUAGGAAGUCCGAACCAACAACAUAUAUUAAUGCACCAUUCGUUGGGAUUUUAGCAUACUUUGUUGCUAACCCCAAUUCUUGAUUGCUAACUAUAAUUGCUAUCUUUUGUAAAUAAUAAAAGAUAUACAGAAAAGAGUCUCUCAUCUUGAGAAAAGCAAGAGUGAAGAGGCUUGCUUUGUGUUGGAUACAUAGAAGCAAAAUGUUACACAAUUUCAAGUCCCAGAAGCUGUUGGUGACUUUUUCGGCUGGGACGGAUGAAGAGCAAAUCGCUCGACAACUACAAUUUUUUUUUCUUAUUUCUUAUUUCAUGCUUUUACCAAGAAAUACGAGUAAUUGUGCAUUUUCCUUUU